CAGCGCAAUUGAAACAAAGCUAACAAGAAAAUUCAGUCGCACAUACAAUUCGAGUCGAAAGGCCAACAAGGUCCAGACACGUGAGUCGAGGGAUCCAUUUGUUCUGGAGUCGGUGAAGCAGGUCCAGCUCAGAGUAAGGCCAGUUGUCAAAGAUCCGCUUCUGCAAGUUUGCGUUCGCAGUCAAAUAAAACUGCAUUUCGUUCAGGUCCACGUGUAGACCGCUUAUUGCCAGCUGUACAAUCGUAGUCGUGCGGUGAAGGGUAAUCCCGAGAUCCAGAAAAGCAGGUCCGCGAUUUCGCUCAAUGGUCCGGUCCAGAAGUUACUUGGGCUCCGUUGGUUCUCCGCAGUAUACACGUGGCUCACGCAAACAUUUGGCCAAUGGAAGGUGUCGAGAACCUGUCGCUUCAAUUCAAAUGGCGGGCCGUACUCACCGCUGGCACAAGGCCAAAAAAGUAUAUAUAUCAUUGAUUUCUUAUUUGUUUCCUUGCCCGGCUGGACAAGUCCUGUUCCAAAAGAUUUGUGUUCCGUGUGAGAAGGUCCGCGUGGCUAUUCCAUGGCUUUUUGGCAUCCGGGACGUAUCCUGUGGCUGGUUUCAUGGCGGCAAGACAAUGCUGACAGAGAAAAGAAAUGUACAUGAUUUUCGCUCAACAUAUGAAACAAACAAAGCAAACCGAUCAAAAGCAAAAGAAACAAAAACACGCAAUAUCCUGAGCAUAAAGAAAACAGUACCUGGGCAGCGAAGAGACCUCAUUAAGGUCAACAUUGUUGUAGUUAGGCAUGGUGGCCUGGUGAGGCACAAGAGCAACUGUCAUUGUAUCCCGGAUGGAAUCUGUGAACAGGCCCUGGAUGGGAGAUCCGGCAGGUCAACCUGGAAUAAGUUGACGGUGAAGAUCGAAGUGAUGUAGGAGGCAAAAAACGGUUCCUUGGAAUGGCUUGCAGUUCCCGUCGGCUGACUGAUGAGAUGGGGGCUUGCAAGUGGAUACAAUUGAGUAGCGAAAAGGCGGUCUUGAGGGAUUCAAGGAUGUUUUGGGCAGAAACCGUUGGGCUGAAAGAAGAAUCAAGAGAGAACGUUGGGCAACGAGGGGGCCCUGCGGGUUUUAUCGUUGCGGUCCAGUCUGACUCCCGAUCAGAACAGAAUCAACACCCCC